UACCAGUACGUAUGAGCGGAUGUGUGUCAGUCAAACGUAUCAACUGUACACAGUAACCUUCCGAGUCCGCAGACCGCUUCAGUGUAGAAAUGUCGCGGUUAAGAACUACAGUACAACAGCUCUGAACCAAAGUCUAAUUAUUUAGACUGAAUAAGAUUAAAUAUCACAUACGCCGAAGCGCUAUUUGUACUACAGAACAUCUUGUGGCAAAAUCACAAAUUUUGGUGUGAAAAACGCCAAAAAGCGGAAAGUUACGCUUUUUUUUUUAGGAAGGCGUGUUCAUUGUAUACUUUAUUUAUUGUUCGCAAUACACAAGGAGUCACAGCACAAGGUUGAAGAAGCCAAAAGUCAAAAAAAACUGUGAGGGUAAACUUUUUCGGAGUGAGAAAUUUGAAAUCUCCGAACAACCUGCCAGAAAGUGUUGUGACAGCACCGAGUGUAAGCUCCUUGAAGACCAACACUGGAGCAGUUCAGAUACAUUCAGGAGUCAGUGUACUGUGCAGUGUGCAUCUGUGCAUGUCCAGUUUCUGCCAACAGUGUGUAGAGACGUGACCGAUCAGAGGCGAAGAGGAUAAAAGUAAGAACUUGCCAACAGUGUAUAACAGACAAGAAUGGACCAGCCACUUUCUGUAGAGAAUCUGAAGAUGAUACUUCUUGAUUUAUAUGAAAAAAAAUUCAGUAGAUGCUUACCAGAAAGUUUCUUAUCAUCAUUGAAUACUUUGAUUUGUGAUGCUGAGAGAAGUGAACAGGCUGCCAAAAUAUUACAAACAACUUCGAAGAGAAUGAAAGAGGAUAAAAAGGUGAGGAUAGUGAGUGGUGAUGUUCCUGCAGGUAUUUUACCUCUAGGGAUCACUGCCACCCUUCAAGAUAUCAGAGUCAGUGGAUAUGGCCCUGAUGAUGAGAUCUACAGCAAAAAUCCCGAGGUUCGCAAAAUGAUUCCUCGUGGCGCAACACUUUUAGACAUGAAAGGUCGUUUGUCGUGCUUUGAUGUGGUUAUUUAUGCAAAUAAGAAAUUCACUGGUGGUAUUGGAGAUGAAGAUGACGAAGAAGUCGAAAACAAUGAAUUGUGGAAGCAAUAUUUUUUAGAGGACCCAGACACUGUUUCUAAAGUCAUUUGUAUGACUAAACUCAAUGGAGAAGCAGCCCAUUUUAGUGGCAGGUACAUAGAUGGUCAGUUCUAUCUAAUUGCUGGAAGCAAGAAUGUUCACUUGCUGUUUAGAGAAAGAGGCAACAUUGACCUAUAUGAAGGGGAGAGAUAUGCUGUUGCUAAGGUGGUGGCAAGAACAGUAUUGGACACCUUAGAAUCAAUAGAUGUUCAACGUCGCCAUCUUAUGUAUAGCCUCUUGCACCAUUCUAAGUGCACAGCUGUUUGUGAGCUUCUUCAACCGAGCAAUCAACACAUCGUCAACCUCAACCACUUGGAAAAACCUCAGCUAAACAUCAUCUCGUUAACUUCAGUUUAUCGGGAACAGGAGACGAGCCUUAUUGCACUGCCUCCCCACCAUACUCUUGAUGUGUUAGAUGCUUUGGGAUUUUCUUGUCCUGCCCAUUCAAAAAUAUCAGCAGAAGAACUAGAACAACACCAAAAUAAGGUUCGAAGUGAAUUUGAUAUAGAAGGGAGAGUCUUAUAUUUUUUAAAUAAAAAUGAAGACACUAUUGGAAUGGUAAAGUUCAAAACGUUAUGGUACAUAAUGAUGAGAGCACUGAGAGAAAAGGCAGUAUACUUUUUUGUAUCAUCUAAGAAGCAGCAAGAUUUUAAUUUACAAAACUGUGUGGAGGCUACACAUAGAAGAAUGGAUGAUAUUCAAAAGUGGCUGAAGUUCCCUAAUACCAGUAAUUAUUUGCAAAACUGGAAGACACUUGGGGAAACUUUCCUGAAGUGGAUGAAUAAUGAAAUACAAGAAAACCGAGAAGAAGCGAGCAAUAUUCGACCAAGGUUCCCUGUUAUGUGGCAAAGGUUUCUCAAGGACACAAGACAGACAGACAAGAUAAUCCCCUGAUGUAGAAAUUGAAAGGACUUCUGGGAUAAUUAGGAUAAUACCAUCACUCACUACCAAUCACUGAUUCCCAAACUGGGGGCCAUGGCCCCCCAGCAAAAUUUAGGGGGCCAUAAGCUGAGGCUAUGUACACAUAAAAAUCCCAAGCCCCACCACACUAGAACAGCCAGUCAGCAGCUGAGCCAGCCAGAGAUAUGGAUUGGGAGAGGGGGCCCAUGGAUAAGGAUCAUAUAUGAAAAGUGGGUAAUGAUCAGAAAAAGUUUGGGAACCACUGCGUGACUACCUGCAGCAAGAUGUUAAUUUCUACGGAAGUUUGAUGCUAACUGACAUUCCAGACUUAAUCUUUUGUGUGAAUACAGUACUGUGUAUAUAUAUUAUGUGGUGAAGAGGAUAAAAGUAAAAAGUGAAAGAAUA